GAUUGGCCAAUCAUGAAGCAGGUCGCGGAGCACCCUUAGCCAAUCACAAUGCAGGAGGCGGGGUUUGUAUGGAAUACGGGUGCGCGUAUUCCCUGACUGAGGAGAGCAAAGAUGGUUUAGUGGAGAGACUUUGACGCGUCCGUUCAGGGGAAUUUUUUUGUGUGUGUGACAGGAUUGCCGCAGAUAGCAAGUCGCAACGAAAGUCCCACCGAGUCUUAGGAGACGUUUGAAUAGUUCUCUGAGGUGUUUUUAGCGGGAUUUGGACGUUUCAGUGUGCAUUUUUUGGAAAAUAUUUGGAUAUGGCAGCUCGGUUUUGGUCGGGUCGCGAGACACUUUUAUUGAGGUGUUGUUAGCUAGCGAGCUAGCCAAGACUGGUUUUAGCUUAAACACUCCGGACUCAAACGGUGAAAACGUGGAUUUUAAAGACAGAAACAUUUCUCAAACACAUGUCAAACCUUUAUUUCUACAGUAUACACCGAAGGUUUGGUUUAGUAGCGACGACAAAACGCAGUUUUUGGAUGGGUGACUACGGUUUGGACGAGAAAUCCUGUCUCCUCGACGUGUUUUCCUUGGACCGGGCUGAUAUGGAUUUAGCCGUGUGGACACCUUCAAACUAAAUCCCAUUUUUUAUUAUAUUAUUCGUAUGUAUCGUUACUUAUGGACAGUAGUUGUUAGUAUUAACUCUGAAACUGGAUAUCAUCACAAACAUUUAUUUAUGAACUUGUAACUUGAGAAGUGACAACUCAAAAUCAGGCUUCAACUUUCAGUUAAUGAGAAGAAAGAAGAAGAAGAAAAAACCCUGGAAUGAAAUGUUGUGAUUAAGAAGGUAUGGUAUGUUAUCAUUAAUAAAUACCAUGAAUUUAAUCAGGAGAAAAUGUUUCUCAUGGAGAAAUGGAUGCUGUCUAAAUGUUGUACAGACUCUGAUUCAGCUCCACGUGUAGUCACCACUUUUUUUUUUUUUUUUUUAACUUUAUUAUAUAUUUUUUAAAAGUGUCAUAUUAAUCCUGAACUGAAAAGGAAAAAAAAAAAUCCAAUGGAGAUGUUUUCUCUCUGCUGUGUGGACUGUGUUUUAUCACACAGCGGAUCCGAUGUGAAGCUGAAGAUGCUUUCAUGAAGACUCUCUUGACAUUAGUGACGCUUCAUAAACAUUGGAGAGAAAAUCCUCAAAACUGAGACAGAUCCAUCAUCCGUGCAUGAUUUGUUAAGGAUUUUAUUCUGAACUGAGGACUGAACCAUCAGCCUGAAGAUGGGAUCUGCGACUAAACUUGCAUUCGCUGUUUUCCUCAUCUCCUGCUCAUCAGGAGCGAUCCUGGGCCGAUCAGACACACGGGAGUGCAUAUUCUACAACUCCAACUGGGAGAAAGACCGGACGAACCGCAGCGGAAUCGAGCCAUGUGCUGGAGAGAAAGACAAGCGCAGACACUGCUUCUCCACGUGGAAGAACAGCUCGGGAACCAUCGAGCUCGUCAAACAGGGCUGCUGGCUCGACGACGUCAACUGCUACGACAGUAGCGAGUGUGUGGAGAAGAAAGACAGCCCUGAAGUGUUUUUCUGCUGCUGUGAGGGCAACAUGUGCAACGAGAAGAUUUACUACAGCCCCGAUACUAUACAGACCACGUCGAACCCGCUGACGCCGAAGCCGGAGCUGUUCAACACGCUGCUCUACUCUCUGGUGCCAAUCAUGGGUAUUGCUGCCAUCCUGCUCUUCUCCUUCUGGAUGUACCACCACCACAAGCUGGCGUACCCGCCCGUGCUCGUCCCCACACAGGACCCUGGGUUGACGCCGCCCUCUCCACUCCUGGGCCAGAAGCCGUUGCAGUUACUGGAGAUCAAGGCCAGGGGGCGCUUUGGCUGCGUGUGGAAAGCACAGCUGCUCAACGAACAUGUGGCUGUGAAGAUCUUCCCCAUCCAGAAUAAGCAGUCAUGGCAGAACGAGUAUGAGAUGUACAGCUUGAGUGGGAUGAAACAUGAGAACAUCCUCAACUUCAUCGGCGCUGAGAAGAGAGGAAACGGCAUGGACAUCGAGCUGUGGCUCAUUACAGCUUACCAUGAGAAGGGCUCGCUGACUGAUUACCUGAAGGCUAAUGUGGUGUCGUGGAAUGAGCUGUGUCACAUAGCUCAGACUUUUGCACGAGGUUUGGCGUAUAUGCACGAGGACAUCCCGGGCCUAAAGGACGGCCACAAGCCUGUCGUUGCCCACAGGGAUAUUAAGAGUAAGAACAUACUGUUGAAGAACAAUCUCACCGCCUGUAUUGCUGACUUUGGCCUCGCUCUCAAGUUUGAGGCGGGAAAAUCUGCAGGUGACACACACGGACAGGUGGGUACUCGGCGGUACAUGGCUCCAGAGGUGUUGGAAGGAGCCAUAAAUUUCCAGCGAGACUCCUUCCUGAGGAUCGAUAUGUAUGCUGCAGGACUUGUGCUGUGGGAACUGGCAUCCCGCUGCACUGCUGCCGACGGUCCAGUGGAUGAGUAUGCGUUGCCGUUUGAGGAGGAGGUGGGUCAACAUCCCUCGUUAGAGGACAUGCAGGAAGUCGUCGUACACAAGAAACUCAGACCCACUUUAAGAGAAUACUGGCAGAAACAUGCGGGCCUGGCCACGCUGUGCGAGACCAUAGAGGAGUGCUGGGAUCACGAAGCCGAGGCUCGCCUCUCGGCCGGCUGCGUGGAGGAGCGCAUCAUCACUAUGCAGCGACAGACCAACCUCAUCGCCCCUGACGACAUCCUCACCGUCGUCACUAUGGUGACCAACCUGGACUACCCGCCCAAAGAGUCCAGCCUAUGAUGCAGCACCUCAUCAGCCAAUCAGACUGCAUAGGCGGGAUAAGGUAGAGCACAGGGUGCUACCAGCAUCUCCUGCUUCGGGUGCGCGUGCGUGCGUAUGUGUGUGUGUAUGUGUGUGCGCGCGCGCACACACGAGGACACACAAGCGUGUGAGACAGUUUAAUCCUUACGGACUCCUGGAGGGAAAGAAAAGACUUGAAAACUGAUCACACACAAACACACACAUAUAAGGACCUUCAGAUGGGAGGCUCAAGAAAGGAAGUCGCCGUUUGCACCAAAAGUGUUCUUUUUCCACAAGCGGGAAACUUCCUGAUUUUUUUUUCCUUUUUCUUUUUUUAAACAAGAGUGAAGACUUUUAACAAAAAAAUACAGUUUGGUUUUAGUAUGAAAAGGGCAACACUCAUAUAAACUGCAGUUGCUUUUUUUCCUCCUCCUGCAAGUUCUUAUGAAUCAUUAUUGUAACACCAAUAAGAAAGUGCUUCUGAAUGUCCAGUACUACUGUUCUCUCUCUCACACACACACAUACACACUAAACAUGUCAUACACAGCCAUACACACGAGUCUCGGGGCACCUCACCUCGUGUUCCCAUGAACAAAAGCAACGUUUCACGUUCUAUGCAACAAGUGACAUUUGAAUUGAGAUUUUCGCCAAUUUAUGCAAAUUAGUUAAGGCAACAAAUGAACAUGAUUGGCGUUCAUCAAUUUCUCUGUCCUAUAGUGCGAGUCAGAGUAAGGAAUUAGGAAUGGACGUUUUGUUUUAGACUUAAAGGUACACACCAACUAUUUUGCCCAUCAUUAGCUGAAGCGAAAUAUUUUGAAAUUCAAAACGUCAACUAAAUACACACUCUCUCUCCAAAGCUACACCCCCAAGCUCCAGUGAGGUGUUGAGGGGUUCCUGUACUGAUGCCUUCUGGGAAAUCCUAAUUAUGUCCCAUAUUUAAAUUUCACUAGACCUCCCCCACACACACACAAACACACACACACACUCACAUGCAACAUUUCUGCCUUUCCAUAUUGCCUUUAUUUCUUUGUCUGAUGAGUUCAUAAUAUUUUUUGGAUGGAUUGUGGGUAAGAUCUGUGCCCCAUUGUGUUUUAAAGUCUCAAGGAUGGAGUGAUGGAGUCACUUUGCAAUGUGUAUUUAACACUAUUUGUAUUAGAUUUUCUCUUCCAUCACCCCUGUUUUCAAAAGGUAAUAUUAAUUUAUCUUUAUCUCUCUCUCUCUCUCUCUCACACACACACACACACACACACACACACACACACACACACACACACACACCCACACCCCAUGCAGCUCAGCUGCUCUGGUUUUCAUGAUACACCUCAGGUAACCUCUUGGUAUUUCUCCUCCUCUCUCUUCUGUUCAUUCUGGUGCCAUUGAAACAAUAAUCUGGCUCUCAUGAUUUAUUUUUCAUUUUCUAUACACACACACACACACACACACACACACACACACACACACAAGGGUUGUGCGUAUUUCUUAUGGCACUAAACCUUUCGUUCUCUCUCUCUCUCUCUCUCUGUACAUAUGGAAACACAACAUCAGUAUUCAGGGAUCCAGCACUAUGCGUUUGUAAGAUUACAGCUCUUAUGCAAUCAUGCCAGCUGCAACAGCAACUUCUGUAACUGUAGCAUUUCUUUGAAACACUGGCUGCUUUUCGGUUAUUUAUUUUCAUGCUACAGUGGGUGCCAAUACUUAAAAACGUAUACUAAAUACAUACACAACUGAUCUCCACAUGAUCAACAUGCAGAAACACUAAACCAGACACACACACACACACACACACUUCUGUUUCUCAUCACACUAUGUACGGUAUUGCAGAGGAAAGGGGUGCUCUAGUGCUAUUGCGUCAUGUGUAUGUAUGUAUGUGAUUUUGUAACCUGUUUGAGGAGCAACAGGAGUGUAUAGUUGUUAUCGUGCUGUGAAAUUACAGAAAACACAUCAGCUGCGCAGGCUGCUCAUCAGUGGGCCGGGUGUGUGUGUGUUUGUAGGGGCGGAGAUAAGCUCUAAACGUAUAACACUUUCAUCUUCAGCCAAGCCUGCUUGUCUUUAUUGACCGUGGCCGAGCGUCGCAGGCCUGCUGAAGCUGCACAUAGCUGUAAAUACAGUGUGAAUGUUGUAUGUUGUAGAUUACCAGUAUAGCAUGAAGUUGUUUUAUUUUUAAAGGUAAUCACGAGGCAAAAAAUAGUCCUUUUAAAGAAAAAAAAAAAAAAAAUUUACCUAUUCAAUAGUGAGAUGUUACAGUUUUAUAUAUAACUAGAUUUGGGUCGUAUUAAUUUAUGUCAAGCCCUGAAAAUGUCACUUAAACAAACCCCGCUGUGAAUCAUGGGGUUUACUACUAA